AUGCCUCCAGGAUCAGCAGUACAAGGAGUAGACUCUUAUCCAGACAGAGGGUGGGGCUUAAGUUUGCUGCUGGGAACAGACUAUGAAAGGAAGAAACAGAAACUCAACCAGGAGCGUCAGCUGGAAUACCAACUUUAUAUUGCCAAGAAAAAGGAUGUGAAAACCAGUGAACCUCGUCCACAACCACAAGUUUUCUUCCUACCUGUUAUUGAGAAGAAAAAAGCUCAGCCUGGACAGGUGCAAUCUCCAGAUGCUGGACACAUUUCUUCUCCAGCUUCUCCCCUGCCCACCUCCAACAACCACACAAACAUGCCCGCUCCAACCAGAAGGAUCCCUGCUUCCAAGAGAGAAGCUGCCAUGUGGACUGAGGCAGGGAAUAAUGGAAAAAGCGGAGGGACCUGGAAUCUAAGCCAACGUCGGCAAACGCACGGUCUCUACAGACCAGUAGAGCCCUGUGACUCUGAGGAGGAGUCACUCACAGGCAGAGAGGAGCUGGAUUUUAGACCCAGGAGGAGAAAGGAGAGAAACCCUCCAGAGUCUGAGGUCGAAGAAGAGAGGAGAGAACGCAGAGCAAACAGAUUUCGUCAGGACAUACAGGAGAUGGAGGCCCCUACUGUUCAUGAUCAGAACAACAACGAUUUGCUUUGGAACUCAGACCUGCACCUGCAAGACAGUAGGAGGAGGUCUGCAAGAUAUGGUCCUGUCAGCAACAAUGAUAAGGCUGAGUUUGCUACUGGAUUACUUAUUGGGGCAACAGAAGAGAAGGGGGCCUCUCAGAUGAGGAAAGAACAGCUUAAGCAGGAGCUUCUGAAACAAAUUGCUGAGAAGAAGAGGAACAAGUUUAGGGAGAAGAAACUUGAGCUCAGGGUUGAAGCCACUGGAGCCACAAACCCGGAAAAGACGCCUGACCGAAUCAAGCAGUUUGGAGCCGUAAAUCGGCGACACGUCAGCUCGAGACGAGACGAGAUUUCCCACAUGCUUGGGGUAGAUCUGGAGCCAGCACAAGGUGUCCCCUCACUGGGUUAUUUCAAUGGUGACUACCACAGGGACUUUUCAAACAUGCUAGGAGAGGUGACCAUCCCAAGGGUUGCUGGUGUUCCACCUCCAAUUCCUCCCACUGUAAAUGAUAUUUACAGGACUCCACAUGAUGAAGCUUAUUAUUAUUAUGGUUCAAGAAAUCCCCUGGAACCGAAUCUUCCUCAUCAUCAAAAUUCUCAGCGUGGACGGGUGCAGCAGCCUGGGACACUCCAGCCUGCUCUGGUACCUGGUCGCCGCACAGAUGCAUCUCCCCUUGCUAUUGGAGAGUUUCCUGAAGAGAAGUCGAAGAAAAGGAGAGAGAAUGAAGUGAGUCACCAGGAGGCCCUCAAGCAGCAGAUCAAAGAAAGUGAGGAGCGUAAAAGAAGAGAAAAAGAAGAGAAGUUGCGACAUGAAGCCGAGACAGAAGCCAAGAUGGUGGUGUACAACCCCUGGGGACGAAGUGGGGGAGGCGCUCCGAUUAAAGACCAAAAGGGCAAUCUUAUUAGCGACUUGGGUCAAAUGCACAGGAUCAAUAUGGAGUUGUACAACAAUCCUGUGCCUAAGAAUCGUGAGCAAAACCUCUUAAUGAGGAAUGGAGACACUCCUGGAGACGAAGUCAGGGCUCCCCUCUCUCAGCAGAUAUCAGCUUUAAAUGAUCAACCAUCUCCACAGCGACUCAACUUGCAGGAAUCAUACAUAGUAGACCUGAAACAGCAGAUGGAGGAAAACAAGAGAAAGAAGGAGAAGGAGAAAGAAAGAAAGAGGAUGGAGGAGGAGAAAGAUAUGAGGAGGAUAGAGGAGGAAUGUGCUCGCCUCCAGCAGAAAUAUGAAGAGGAGCAAAGAAGCAUUUCCUUGUACUUUCUGCAGGUAAACAGCAGUUCCAACCAACCUGACACACAUUGUCAGGAGAAGGAAAAGAAGGUGAAGCCAGAACAAGAGACGGUGGAAAAGGUGCCCUGGAGCACCAGAGACAGAGAGGAGAAAACCACACCUUUGAGUUACGAGCAGCGAGAGAAGUCUCCUCCCGUCCCAACCCUGCGGACGGAGAAAAAAAUGGUGGCAUCCAGACCUUCCUCUGAUGUGAGCCAACUCUCCUCCAGGAGUCACACAGUCAAUAAGUGCAACCCUAAAGAUGAAGUGAUCAGAGAGCUGUCAGUCCUUCGGAGGCACCUGAGGAAAGAGCAAAUGCAACUGGAGGCACAGAUGAACCAAACAGAUCGACAGGAGAGUAGCCACACUCCCUCCAUCAGGACAAGCAGACGACCCAGAGUGGAUGCUGCUGUGCACAGGGAGGCCGGACAGCCGUCAACGUCGAGAACUGACUCCACUGCUCCAGUUAACACAAAAAACUUCUGUGAGUUAAACAAGCUUAAAUACAAGGACUCAUCAUCUCGUGAUGAGGUCCUCCAGAUGUUCCCCGACACCCCCACUGAUGGACAAACUCUGGACGUCCAGCAGCAGGCCCUCCUCCAAGAGUACAGACGCAAAAUCAGCCUCAUGAGGAUACGAGAACACGGUGACCGUGACCUCUGGAAGGUGUAUCUGAACUGCUAUCAUCAUAAGAACAAGCCUACGCCCUUCGUCCUCAAUGACUCCUUGUUUCCAUCUACUCCGUCAACUUUAACAGAUGGUUACGGCGGGGACACCUGUGGACAACAGGCUCAUCAGCGUGGAUCCCCUCAGCCGUCAGCAGAGCACCAAGAGAGGACGUCCCGACGAAGGAGACGAGAUAGGGAGCGAGACAUUGAGCCAGAGGUUGAGCCUCCAAAGUUGCCGACCAGUCAGAACGAGGGGCUGUCCGUUGACGAAGGGGACAUCUGGUCUCUGCGUUCGGCCCCGGAGAGGCGUGUCUCCGUGGAGAGCAUCGCCUCAGAGCCCUGGCUGCGGCCUGGCACCUCGACAAACAUGGAAGGCUCAGCCUGUAGGAAGAGGCUGGAUACUCCAUCUCCGGGGCUCACACACCGCGUCACGUAG